AUGGGUGCUUGGUUACUGUGCAGUAGCGUUUAUAGUUUAUUUAUCUACGACUUGGAGACGACUGAUGAUUGCAACAUCGUUUUCUACACUCAUAUAUACAUUCUGGUGUUGGAACCAAAGAAUAUACACAAAUGGCUAAAAGGCUUUGAGUACGCAGUCGAUCAAAAGGAUGCAGAGAUUUUGAUUCGCAAAUUCAAGGAUAAUUCGUCUCCUCAAAGUCACAGUUUUUUCGAGGAUAUUUGGCAACAUAAGAUCUUCAUCGCUUACUGUACUAUACAGUUGUAUUUGUGGACAUGUGACAACUUCAUCUACUUUGGACUUUCACUGUAUAGCACCCAUUUGGCUGGAAAUGCUUACGCGAAUUAUCUGUUACUGGGUCUAGUUGAACUACCAGCCUACAUCGUUGGACCAGUUCUGUUAACUAUGUUGGGAAGAAGAUUUGUUGUUGCCGGCGCUCAUUUCUUGGCAGCACUUUGUUUUCUAGUUCCAAUGUUUGCAGAUGCAGACUCAUGGCUAUCGCUUUGCUGCUGGGUGCUGGGGAAAUUUGCAAUCAGUUGUUCUUUCAUGUCUUUGUUCGUUUAUGCCAGCGAAGUGUUUCCAACGCCAAUUCGAAAUGGCUGCGUCGGUCUAUGCUCUAUGCUUUCUAGAAGUGGAGCCAUAGCAGCGCCAUACAUAAAACUGCUAGGUUCCAUAUGGGAACUAUGGCCAAUGAUUCUUCUCGCCGCUUUAUCGUUCGUGGCUACCAUUCUCACUUGCUUCUUACCAGAAACCAAACGAAAACCUCUCCCAUCGAGUGUGGUUGAAGCUACACCCUGUUCAACAAACCUCUCUAGAUGA